AUGGCUCGUUUCAGCUUGUCCUUCCUUGCUCUCUGCUUCUUCCUGGCCCUCGUAGUCUCGGCCUUGCCCGCCAAGCGUGACGACGACGAUUUGGAUGCCGGUGAUGCCGUUGCAGCGGCUCUCAGUGCUCUCAGGGCCUUUGAGAAUGUGGAUAAGGAGACGACCGGCAUCCCUGAUAAGGCCUCGGCUGCUCAUGGAGCCAAUGUGAAGGAGGCAACCACAACGCCGCAGCCCAUCCCAUCGGGCACUCGCAGCACUGUGCAGACCCCCGCCGCUGCCAGCAGCUCUGCUGCUGCUGCUCCGAAGAAGAAGCAGGGCAGCACAAACCCGCUCUCGCACAUUCCCAUCAUUGGAGGUGUGUUGGGAGGUGGCGAGGGUCUGGGAAGCCUUCUGCCAACUCGGUAG